AUGGAUGCGAAUGAUGCUCGUAAUUUUCCAAAAGCCCCACCACUUGUUUUUGAUCCUACUCUCGAUCCGUUUUCCAAUCCAAUAUUAGCUGAAACCGUCAAUAGACCAUCAUAUGAUCUCACUAAUUCGAUUCCUCGAGGAUCACUACGCUUUGCCGAACAAUCGUUUCCUCCGACACGUGAAUCAUCGAACGAUAAACAUGAAAUUUCACUUCAAGGAAGCAAACGACGUCCUGGUGAUACGAGUAGUGUACGACUUGCAACAGCAAAUCAAAAAGAUGAAAAAAUUUCUCAAGCGUUUUCAAGUAGCAGUGGCCUCGGAAUAUCUCCUUCAUUAACCAAUGAAUACCAUUUUGAUGCUAAUGAAGAUAAAUUAGAAACGAUGACACUACAACGUCGUGAUACCAUAAAUGCGUUGAAGAAUCUAGUCGAUAUGCGUAAAACGAUAGAUGUUGAUCAGUUAGACACAGCAUUGAAAAAUUUAAGUGAAGAGUUAGAACAUCUUGAAAUUGAAUCGGAACGAGCUCAACGUAUUACAACACAUUAUGAAAGUCAACUGCUAAAUUCCAAAUUAAUCGGUGAAAAAUUAAGUUUAUUUUGUGCGGCAUGUCGUUCGGCUAUUGUUCUCGGGUUAAAUAUCCGAUAUAGUUCAUAUGAUAUGACAUCAAAUGAAUUAGAAAAUCUCACAAAGUAUGCGCCUGAUAGUUCAUUUGUUCCUGAUGGCGCUCUCAGCUCGUUGUUAGAUACACAAUCAACGACAGAUCAUGAACAAAUUAAAUUAGAAUAUAACCGUCGUGUGCAGUACAGUCGAUUGGCAUCUUCAUAUUUGAAACGAGCCGAUAGAUUGCGUAUACAACUACGAACUUUGAGUGAACUAUUGACAAAAUCUGUUUUACCCCAAAAUGAACGUUAUCAUGAAAUUGAAAAAUCGCCACGUUUACCAACACGAUUAUUUGAAGAAUCUCCAUUGUACGAUAAAUAUAUUUAUGAAAUAUCACCAAUUAAUACAAUUUCCGUAAUAAAACAGUACAUACAUGUUCGAUGUAUACGUGGCCAACUAAAACGAAACGAUAUUAAUAUAAUAUGUGCAGAAAAUCCACGUCAUCUGCUACAUCAAGCGACCUACGAUGCAUCAGAAAAGUAUUCUCACACGUAUGAUAUUCAUUUCAAACGAGUUAUUACAUCAAUAGAUCAGUUAAUAAUAGCAUUACCGUGUUUUCAAAUUCCACCGUCACAACACUCAUCUACACAACAACAAAAAAUUUAUAUUCGGUGUAAACAAAUUUUGGAGCCAUUGAUUAAUAUACCAGCUAUUGCUCAAAACCAUGACGAAACAUCGUAUGCCGUAUUUCGUAUCACACAUGCACUAAGUGAAAUUUCAGUUGAAGCCGUUCUAUUAUAUCCAUUUGACAUUUUGAACGUAUUCAACGAAGUGUACACUCAUGAACCUACGUCGAUUUUUCGUAUUGAAACAGAAAAAAAUGUCUUUUUACGACCACCAAAAGUUCGAAUAAUUCCGUUUAACAGUGAAUUAAUCCGGUGUCUGCAGUCUCACCAAAAAACUGAUAGUGUCGAGCUAUUAGCCGUAUCUGAUUUAAUUGAAUUUCAAUGGUUCAAAGAAGAAAAAUCAGAGCAACAAGUGUUUAUUAAUGUUCAAUUGACACGUAAUUUUUCAUUAUUUUCUGAAUCGGAUGAUGAUUUUAUAAAACGACGACGAAAAGCACAAGGUAAAAUAUCAUACCUACGAAAAAAAUUUGAACAAGAAAAAUUGGACGAUACAUCAAGUUUACCAUCAACACCAACAACGAGUUCUGGAGUAACAAACAUGGCAACAAUAAGUCAGAUGGGCUUGAGUAAAUCGACAGAUACUUCAAAACUUACAUCAUUUAAAUGGAGACUUGAGGGAUUUUCUAAUACAAACGCGCCAAUCAUCAUUUUGGGUUAUAAAAAUCGUAAAUGGAAAAAUUUUAAUAAUAUUGCAACAAUAAGAUCAACAAACGAUAAAGAUGUUUAUACAAUUGGUCUAUUGCAAUUAAUUGAUCGAAUGGUACUGAUAAGAUGUUGGUCCGACGAAAAUCAAAAACUUGAUAAAUUAGCCGAAAAUUUAUGGUUGUUAGCAUCGGCUAAAUUAUUUUGUUGUGUAUUAGCGCAUGAUCCAAAUAAUAUUACACGUUAUGCACUCUGUAUUGUACCAAUACAAAAGCAAAAACUAGCAGAAGAUUGGUUGGAACGACGAAACUAUACUGAACGUAUGUACGAUGAAAUCCGCUUAGGACAAUCGCAGUAUCAAUCAAUGCAACAUACUUUCUCGGAUAAAUCGACUGAUGUUCGAAAAUAUGUGCAAUUUUGUUUAUCAGAAGGAACAUAUGUCAGCAUUGUUCCUGCAGGCAACAUUGACGUACAUGAAAAGACCGAACUUAGUUUUCGAUUGCAUGCUCAAUUUCCAGUAAUAGCAGAGUUCGACAUUUAUCCCAUUGAUAUUUACAGACAGAAAACAGAUGUAGAUUUUAUUGGUACAUUGAAUAUUUACAUGAUUCAAACGCAUUCUACAACGCUUCGUUCAGCAAGCAUGACAAAUGUUAUUACCUCGAGAAGUUCAUCGAGAAGUAGCCAAGAGCUGGAGACACCAGAACAACAAACAAAUUUUACGCCUCCAACAUCCGUUCAUGAUGAUGACAAAGAUGGCAAAAUUAAUGGUGUUAAAAAAGAUCCUGGUGCAAUGGCUAGAUCCGCUUUUGAACGAUUGAUAACACGUGAUUUAAAUAAUGCCAAUUUUGUUUGUGCUAUUCGUAUUCGUUUACCUAAAAUUGCAUUUCAACUACCACAAACACAGUCCAAACCUGUACAGAUCAACAUACAACCACAAAAAUUAUCUGAUUUUUUUAUAGGUGUUGUUAACGCGUUAAACGAAGGAAAACGAGAGUUUGCAGAAGCGCUGAAUAUUCAUCCAGCACUGAUGCAUGAAAUUUAUGAACAAGAAAAAAGUUCGAAACGUAAAGAUUAUGUAGAAGCAACGGCUCAAUCAAAAUCACAAAUAUGUCUAGAAGGAGAAACCUUACUGAAAUGGUUAAAACGGCAAAAUAUAGUAACAAGAACAUCGUCAAUAACAGCCAUGACGAUUCUAAAUGAGUGGUUAAAAGAACGUUUUCCAAAAUAUCGCUAUGCAUUAACACAAGCGGAUCCACGUACACAAAGUUGGUUUUUAUUAUGGAAUGAUCCGUCCAGUAUUAUUUUUCUCACAAUAUGUUACUUAUUAUUUGUUACUGUUGGACCGCGUAUAAUGCGAAAACGUGAACCAAUACGAGUACCAUCAUCUUUACUUAUUGCUUAUAAUUUGGGCCUUGUUAUUCUCUCUUUAUAUAUGUUAGAAGAGAUUGUAGUCGGUGUAUAUCAGAGUGGAUAUAGUAUGGUGUGUCAGAAAUUAAAUGUUAGCCGAAAGCCAAGUGAAAUGAAAGUGAUUAGUGCACUGUGGAUUUAUUUUGUAUCAAAAGCUAUUGAAUAUAUGGACACAGUUUUUAUGAUCAUCAGAAAACGUUUCACACAAGUAACAUUCUUACACUGUUUUCAUCAUUCAACGAUGUUAAUUAUUUGGUGGAUCGUUAUGACUUGGAUUCCCGGUGGUCAAUCUUGGUUCGGACCAACAUUAAAUUGUCUCGUUCAUGUUAUGAUGUAUGCAUAUUAUGGUUUAUCGGUAAUACCAUCAUUACGUGACAAAUUGUGGUGGAAAAAAUACAUUACUCUUUCUCAACUGAUUCAAUUUGGCUUCAUAUUUACUCAUACGAUGCAAGAAUAUAUCACACGUUCCAAUGAGCGUAAACGUUCAAAAUUACAAUCAAAAACCGAUGAUGAUCAAAAAACAACUAGUCGACAGAAAAAUGGUUAUGGUGCUGCGUCUUCUUCAACACAAGUGAAAAAACAAAACGGUGUUAUUGACUAUCAGCAUGGUCAUCGUGAAUAG